AUGGCGGACGCACCACCAGGGCUGCUCAAGCUUCCAAAUGCGCUUCUCCGCAAGAUCGCUGCGCUGCUCGGUCCUGCCGGCCUUGGGCAUCUCAGUCAAGCCAACCACCGGCUUCUCGACUUCGCCCUCGACUAUUCUCGACCUCACGUCAAUAGACUCGCCGCUCUAUCAAACAAUCUUGUGCUGGAAGUUAUCGCGCAUUUGUGA